GAUAAAUCUACAUUUUAAGGUCUAAAUAUCUUGCAAUGGGUUGCUUGGAAAACAUUCAGGCAGUCAUCAAUACCUGGCCUGACUCAGAACAUCAGGCAGCUAUAAAGGCUGGGGUACUUGCAGCUUAUGGAGUGCUCAAAGCAGAAACUGAGGAGCUAACUCUCGGAGAGAAGUUUUUAACCAAAUGUUUGGAGCUUUGUGAUGUUGUGAAGGAGGACCGAUACAUAAUCUUGCAGAGAAUUCAAGCAUUAAUUUAUCUAGGUGUGAUCUGGUGUGGAAGAGAAAACUUUCCUCUUGCAAGGGAAUAUCUGGAGAAAUCCUUGAAGGUGUUUUCUCAGUUUCAAGAAGAGAACAGUCAAGACAUAUUCAGACUCAGUGAUCUGUUGAAUUAUUCUGAAUAUAAGCCUGAUAAUCAAGGAAAAUCUCUAGACUCACUUAUCACCCAUGCUUACUAUUACUUAGCCCAGGUUGAAGGAAAAGCCGGGAACAGCAUAAGAUCAGCCGAGCUGUGUCACACUACCCUUAGUCGUCAACUUGACCGGCCUUCCUUUGACUGGAUGGACUGGACAAGAAACUGCGCAACUCUUUCCCAGUUUUACUUAAACCAGGAGAAUUUUACUGCUGCGCGCUAUCAUCUUGCCGCGUCGCUUGUUAUGAUGGACAGAUACAAGGAAGACGAUCUCGUGGUUCAAGAUCUGGAGGAGGAGAAGGGAUCUAAGACUGAGAUGGAGAAGGAGGUGAAGGAGAAGGAUGAAGAGGAUAAAAACCUGGAAGAAGAGAAUGAAAAUAAAGAAUCAAGAAGAGCCACGGAGGGGAUUGUGAGCAGAUUUUGUGCAAAAUAUGGUUUAACUUUACUGGAAUAUUCGCACUGUGCAAAUCUCUCAGGGGAACCUCUUCAAGAUGAAGUUGGAUCAAGAGAUAAGUGCCCUGUGUUUUCUAAUCUAGAUGUAUCAUCAAGACUGGCCGAGGUUACUGAUAAAAGAAUUGAUGACUACGAGACUGGACGAAUUAUAUUCCUGUGGGGACAGCAUCAUGUGACGAAUGCCCAGCUAUAUUACACUAAAGACGAACGAUGUUCAGACUACGUAGAACUAACAAGGGACCUAAGUCAGAUGUACAAACACCUGAUCUACUUUGAAUCCGACAUAGACCGUAAAUGCAAGAUGCACAGAAGAAGAGCAGAUCUGUUAGAGCCCUUGAACAGGGAGCUGUCCCCUGUACAUUAUCUUCUUACAAUCCGGCAGAUACUUUUCGAGUUGGGUGAGAUUUUCAGUGACAUGGUUGACCUGAAGCGAGAUAGAUGGGUCAAACAGCCCUCUAAUAAACAUUUUGCAAGCAAAGUCAAUACUCUAGUCAACCAAGCUAUUCUUUACUUCCAGACAUUUCUGGACACCAUGAAGAUCGAAGGUGCUGAUCCUGUGAAGUAUGUUGAUGAUAACACUAGACCAGCUCUACUAGCUAACUUCUACUUGGGCAGGUUAGCCAGCAAAUAUAUAGUAGAAGAGGGUAGUAACAAGCAACUACAGAAUAUAAACAAUACCUACACCAGUUACAAGAAGAUAGUUGAUUACUGUGUUCAGAAUCCUGAAGCUGUGGAAAAGUUUGGAGAAGAAUUGGAGGCCUGUAAGGAGAUGGUGAGACUCCUUCCUGUAAAAAUGGAGAAAAUACGACGGGGUCUUAUUGUUUGAAGAUGACCUAAAAACUUUUUUAUGUAGAAAUUAUUUAAUUGUCACUUACACAAUUUUGUUCACGGUUUCAAGCAUUUUUUUAAUUAAUGCAUUUCACAAUCACCGGUGUUUUCCCUUGCUUUAAAGGGACUGUACGCGUAAUUUCACGACGUGACCGUCCAUGUAAAGCGGUAUUCUUGACACCUUCAUCUGAUCAAUAAUGUAGAAGAUAUUGUCGUUUUUCUAAAAGUGUUGAUUCUGAUAAUUAUUAUAUGUUUUUCUGUUGCAGAAAUGUGCAAGGCAUGUUUUUAGAGAAAUCCCGAUUAAAAAUUAUGAGAUUAUUUAAUUUUAAACAUUGAUACAUCAUUCUUAUUAGAUCAAACAAACCUUUUAAGAAGCUGGGUACCACUGUGAAUUGGGCAUUGACAUUGUUUUCAUGGAGGGUCACUUGAAAUUACGCUUGCAGUACCUUUAAUGUAAGACGACUCAAAGUCAAAUUCAAAAUGAAAAACGAGUGUUCGAUUAAUUCUUUGUAAUCAAUUUGAUCUAUUUUUGUAAAAUAAUCUAGUUUAACUUUAGAUGUGCGAAAACUUUUUAAUAGUUCUCUUCUUUACGACUGCUUUUGGUGUUUACGAUAAAACUCUUUAUUUCUAUUUUGUUUCUUAUAUCUUUAUUUUUAUUUACAGCAAUACUGUCCAAAUCAAGUGGAAAAUAUAAAAUUUUUAUAUUUCAGUGAAUGAGUGAAUCUUUAUUGAAAGAAUGGAAAACUUGAUUGUAAUUUAAUAUUUUUCACAUUUCUUUUUAAUCUUUUAAAACUUUUUUCUCCUGAGUGUUUUAUUUUUAUCUUCUCAAGAUUUGAAUGGUUUUUUUUCAGAGAAAAAAAAUUGGAUUUUUGCACGGCCGUGCUAUUUCAUUACUCGUUUUAAAAUUUUGAGGAAAAGGGGGAGGGGUCAGAAUAAAAAUCCAAAAAUAAAUAGUUUUUCUAGAGAAGUAAAUUAGUUCUCUCAUUUAAAAAAAAUUGUUUUCUUUAAAAUCCGGCUUGGUUCAAGAAAGGUUUUGAAGGGGGGUGGAUUAAAGGACAACUUUCUGACAAACGAUUGGUAGUCUAAGAGAUGUGUUCACUGUUCAUGGUAGUCUUUUUUUUAUGUGAUGCAUUACAUGUAAAAUUUUCCUCUUUCCCCCCCUUAUUUCCCAGCCAGGAUAGGGUUCAAGGGACUGCAGACUUUGUAUUUGAAAUUACUGUUAUCUCUAUGAAGAACUAGUUUUUUCUUGCAAAAACAAGUUUCUCUUUUUCUUUAUCGGAAGGAUUGGAAAUUCCAGAUCUAUAGAAAUACCUUUCAGUAUUUUCACAUUUUUCUGUUUAUUUGCUCUCAAUGUUCUCAUGGUAUUGCUUUUAUGAUCUCAUCUGUAUGUUUCAGAA